AUGGCAGGUUGUCGAGAGACUGCUUUUAUCUACGCUAUUACAAGCGCAGCAGUUACACACUCGAUCGCUCGUGCUUGCAGUGAAGGUUCUAUCGAAUCAUGCACAUGCGAUUGGAGCCAUCAAAACGAACCUCCACAGGCAAGCAAAUCUGAAUCAGUUUCAGAUGUAAGACAAUGGGAAUGGGGUGGAUGCUCCGACAACAUCGUUUUUGGAUAUAAACUGGCAAGGGAAUUUGUUGACACUGGCGAACGAGGACGCACAUUGCGUGAGAAAAUGAACUUGCAUAACAACGAAGCGGGACGUGUGCACGUUCAAGCUGAAAUGCGCGAAGAAUGCAAAUGUCACGGCAUGUCUGGAUCUUGUUCUGUCAAAACAUGUUGGAUGCGAUUACCGAACUUCCGUGUUAUUGGUGAUUCGUUGAAAGAUCGCUUUGAUGGAGCAUCACGUGUUCAAGUCAGUAACAGUUUGAGAAACAACAAUGAAAAUCAAAUCACAAGAAGUAACAGACGAAAUAAAAACAUUGCAACAAAUUCAAAUAAUGUUCGCGAGACGAAUUCAGUGCAUCGAAAUGGAGCAAAUCAUAAGAAACAAAAUCGCUACAAAUUCUCCCUUCGACCUUUUAUACCUGAUCAUAAGCCACCAACUGCUAAGGAUCUCGUGUACUUCGAGCAAUCCCCCGGAUUUUGUGAGAAAAAUCUGCGUUUGGGAAUUCUCGGAACGCACGGUCGUCAAUGUAACGACACAUCGAUAGGCGUCGACGGAUGCGACUUAAUGUGUUGUGGUCGAGGUUAUCGAACUCAAGAGGUAACCGUCGUCGAGCGUUGUGCCUGCACUUUCCAUUGGUGCUGUGAAGUCAAAUGCAAAACGUGUCGAACGAAAAAAACUAUUCACACUUGUCUCUAGAAAUUCAUAGAAUUUUGAUAAGCGACAAAUCGUUUUAAUCGUAACAAAAAAGAAAAUUAGAAUUAACAAUAGAAAUACCUAGACAAGAAGACCUGAUAACGCUUGUAUAUUGUAAUAACUGAAAUUCCAUUUAACUUUUAUUUUCUGUAAAUUUAACAUAACUAUAACUUCUUCCUUAACACAUAACUUUCUCUUAGAUUUAUGAAUGUACAUAAGACAAAAGUUCUGACGAAGGAAAAUGUGAGAAAAUGAAAAUUAUCGAUUGAAAAAGAAAACGUAAUUAAGAAUGAAUUAAGGAAAGCCAAAAAAUCGAGUCGAUUGAUGAAUUAAGUUUGAAGAAUUGUUAAAUAUUAAUUAAAUAUUUUUAUAAUCUUAUUCUGUAAAUUUUAUUAGGUAAUCCUCAGUAUUCAACACGACGAACUUUGACCCAGUUUUCAACUUAUUUUUACUAAGCAAAGAAUUUUUUUUUUUCGUUCUAUUUUGACUUUCUUUUCUAAUUUUUGUGAAAAUUUCGUCUCAACUUUAACGACUUUUAGAAUUAACUUUUGGUCAUCUAAAAACAGAAAAAUUGACAAAAAAAAAGAAAAUUAACAUUUACAUAAAGACUGAUAUUACUUUAAUUGAAAUGCGCUAGUUAAAUAAUUAAGAAGCUUUUUAAAGAACUUAAUCGUUAAAAAAUGCCUUCAAGUGCAGGCACUGAAU